AGGUCUAGAGAGCACCACCGACUACACCGACUACACUGCCACUUCAGUCGCACUUCGACACGCAAACAAAGACAACACAGAAGACUGAAGAUGCCCCUUUCCACCAGCUCCACCUCCUCCACAAAGAGCAUCCGCAGAGCAGCAUCCGAGCUGGAGAGGUCUGACUCCAUCACGUCUCCAAGGUACCUGGGUCGACGGCAGAGCUUGAUCGAGGACGCGCGCAAAGAGAGAGAAGCUGCAGUUGCAGCAGCAGAAGCUGCAGAGGCCACUGAGCAGAUAGUGUUUGAGGAGGAUAAUGGGAAAGCGCUGCUCAACAUCUUCUUCACUUUAAGGAGCUCCAAGAUACCUGCCCUGUCAAGGACACUCAAGGUUUUCGAGACAUUUGAAGCUAGGAUUCAGCAUUUGGAGACGCGACCCUGCCGGAAGCUGAAGGAAAGUCUGGAAGGCCUGGAGUACUUUGUUCGCUGUGAGGUGCACCUCUCAGACGUCAGUACUCUCAUCAGCUCCAUCAAGAGGAACGCAGAGGACGUUAAGACUACCAAAGAAGUCAAAUUUCACUGGUUCCCAAAGAGAAUAGCAGAUUUGGACAAAUGUCAUCAUCUGGUCACAAAAUAUGAUCCAGACUUGGAUCAAGACCAUCCCGGCUACACAGACCCUGCGUACAGACAGAGGAGGAAAAUGAUCGGAGACAUCGCCUUCAGAUACAGACACGGGCAGACAAUUGCCAGAGUGGAAUACACAGAAGAGGAGAUUGGCACAUGGAGGGAAGUCUACUCGACUCUGAGGGACUUGUAUAUCACCCACGCCUGCAGCGAAUACCUCGAGGCCCUCCGCCUGCUGGAAAGGCAUUGUGGGUACAGUCCGGACAACAUUCCCCAGUUGGAAGACGUGUCAUGCUUCCUCAAAGAGCGUACAGGGUUCCUGCUGCGUCCGGUGGCAGGACUGCUCUCAGCCAGAGAUUUCCUGGCCAGUUUGGCAUUUCGGGUGUUCCAGUGCACCCAGUACAUCCGACACGCCUCCUCCCCUAUGCACUCCCCAGAGCCUGACUGUGUCCAUGAGCUGCUGGGCCACGUCCCCAUGCUGGCCGACCGCACCUUUGCCCAGUUUUCACAGAACCUCGGUCUGGCAUCACUUGGGGCUUCAGAAGAAGAUAUUGAGAAACUGUCCACACUCUACUGGUUCACUGUCGAGUACGGUUUGUGUAAACAGAACGGUGAGGUGAGGGCUUACGGAGCCGGACUGCUCUCCUCUUAUGGAGAGCUUGUGCACUCGUUGUCUGAUGAGCCAGAGACGAGGCAGUUUGAACCAGAGGCUGCAGCAGUGCAGCCCUAUCAAGACCAGACGUACCAACCCGUCUACUUUGUUUCUGAGAGUUUUUCAGAUGCCAAGGAGAAAUUCAGGGAGUACGUGGCCGGUAUCAAGCGUCCCUUCUCAGUGAAGUUCGAUCCGUACACCAGCAGCGUCGAGGUGCUGGACAACCCGCUGAAGAUCCAAGGAGGCCUUGAGGGCGUGAAGGACGAGCUGAAGAUGCUGACAGACGCCCUCAGUGUUUUGUCAUGAUGACGCCCCCCAGUCUGCGACCAACCACCCCGCCGCUGUCUGCUUCCUCUCCGCUGCGCUCUGAGACGUCCGACGUGUGAUCAAGGCCAAUGUGUUCAUCUUUCUGUGCUGUACCUCCAGUAUGAUGCUGUUUCUGAUGAGUUGUGUCGUUUGCUGUCGCUGGCCGGUUGGCCGACAAGGUUGCAACCUUUAAAACCUCAAUACGCAGCGCAGGCAGAGUUUCCAAAGAUGUUUAUUUAACGCCUCGCUGGGUGAAAUGAUUGGGUUUUACCGACUGCCAUUCAUGCUUUUAAAGCAAAACGUGAUAAUGAAUGUAUUAAAAGAAAACUAAAUGGGUAUGGUGUAAUUAUUUUAAAAUCAAAGAAAAAUAAUGGCAAAAUAAAGUGUAUAUUUAAAUCAUAUUUAUUUUAUUUAGAAAGAAAUAUCUCUGCUGUGUUCAAGGCUUUAUUUUCUGAAUAUGUGAAUUCAGUAUUUGAGUAUUAGCCUACCUCUAUAUUACUUGAUUUAUCUGGUUUUAUGCUGUUCUUGUCUUGCAGUGUAUACGCAUAAUAAAAGAAAAAAGAAAACUCACUUUCCCUGUAAUGUACUGUUGAUCACUGCUUGAGUAAAUAAGAAUCUAU